AUGAACGGUGAAGCAUUUUAUGGAUAUGAUACCUUGGGGCACAUUGAAAAAUUUCAUGAUCAACAUAUAGGUUACGGCACAAAGAUCUGCGGCGUUUUGUUUUCUUUGGACAUUUACAACCAUUUCUCUCUCAUGCACAACUUUGCCAAAGCUCCAAAACUCUCGUCUCAUGCCAAAGCGCAUAAGGCCAUCCAGUUAAAGCCCAUAGCUCAACAAUCCGAUGUGGCCACUCUGACACGCUCCGCGGGGAGGUCCCUGGAGUCGAGUCAAGGACCGCACGACGAGAAACGCAUGGACGUGAUCGUCGCAGAUGAAAGAAACACAACGUUUGUGGUGAUAUACUGA